GUCUUCCAGCCUUCCCUCGCCGGCAGAGGAGCGAACAUCGCGCGUUAUCCCUCGUAUUUCCCCGUUUCUAGCAAUCAUGAAGUCAGGAGACGGGAACUUAAUGGAUUCCGUAGUCUCUUCUCUGUCAAACAGCUUCAAAGAUGUCCCCUUGGCUGCUAUACCUCCCAUGCUUGAUUGCAUUUUGGCAUCCACUGGUUUAUCUCUAUCUUCGCUUUUCCCUGCACUACAGGAUUCUUUCGCACUUCUCGUCAAGGAUCAUAUGCUGAAGGACGAGAAGUUGGGUUCUGAUCAUUGUAAUAAUGUUGCCUCAUUGGCAGCUGCACUUUGCCAUCUCCUGAAAAAACUUGGGUCUGAUUCUCCUUGUAUGCGGUCUUUUAUAUGGAGAUGUUUUAUUCCCUUGCUGAAGAUAGCUAAUACAUUUGACCAUGGAUUGCUUAACGAGAUUGCAGAAUCAUUCUUCAGCGCCGUGAGUGCAACUAAUUCCUGGACCAUGCUAGAGACAACUUUGGUGCCAUUUCUCUUAAGAUCCGUUGGUCUUUCUAUGGGCAUGCAGCAACAUGCAGAAUCAUUUGUUUUCAAAUGGGGUAGUUCCUCUGCUUUCCAGAGUGGAGAUGACAUGAAAGAUGGUCUUCAUCACGAUAAAGAUUUUGUGCUGUCUUCUCAGUUUGGAUAUGUUCCUUUACCAGUAUCUUGCUAUGUAUUGACUCUUGUACUGGAUACUACUAUACGAAGUUUCCUCAUGUUACCAUUAGAGAGAGCUACCCCUGGCUGUUGUUAUGGGAAAAGGCUAUCUGGUAUUUUGCUUUGGGAUCUCUGCUGUUUGAACGAGCAAUUGCUUUUACAUAGUCCAGACCUUCGGUCAUGUACUAUUGCUUUUCUGCUUCCAAAUAUUUGCAAAGCAUUCACCCCAGGAGUCUCAUUUGAGAUCAGGAUUCACGAAAACAGCUUUCUUCUAACGAGAAACCUUUUUCUUGGGAAAGUUUGGAAGUGCUGCAGAUCACUAUUUUCCCUUGGGUCAUUAGAAAGACGGGACGCGUAUAGUGUGCUCUCUAUGUGCUCAACCUUUUUUAGGGAUGGAUAUGAUAUUGCUGAUUCCAACAUUGAAGCCGAAGAAUCUGAUGUGAGGGCUGAAAGACAGUUUUGGGAGGAAAUAAAAAGAGGCCUGGUCGAUGAGGAACGCUUAGUCAGGAAGCAGUCAUUAGAAAUACUGAAAAACGUACUCUGCACAAAUGGAGAGAGUCCAUCUAGUGCUUCGGAGGCGAAGACCCAAAGUAAACUUUCAAAUCCUCUAGGCAUGACAAGGAGGGAACUGUGGGCUGACAAGGAAGCUAGAUCUCUGGGUGUGGGAAAACUCUGCAGUUCCGUUGAUUCCCUUCUGACCCAUCAGCAACAAUGGAACGCAUUUAUACUUCUAUAUGAAAUGCUCGAUGAGUAUGGCACUCACCUGGUGGAAGCUGCCUGGAAUCACCAGGUGACAUUGCUACUGCAGGUUUCUGCUUCACAAAACAACUUUGCCAACACUUCAUAUGGAAUGCAUCAACACCAAUCUGAAACUUCAAGGGAAAGUUUUGCUUGGUUAGCAAUAUUGUGGCAAGUAGGAUUUCGUCAUGAAAAUCCUCAAGUUAGGUGCUUGGUCUUGCAGUCAUUUUUGGGUAUUGAGUGGGCCAAAUAUGGAGAGACGGCAAUAUCUCUUCCUGAAAGCUUUAUUCUCGGUCCAUUUCUCCAUGCAUUGAAUGAUCCCAUCCAUCACAGAGAUUUCGGUGUUAAAGGGGUUUACACUUCAAGGACAAUAAAAGCAGCGGGCCAGUUCUUAUGUCACUAUAUAUCUUACCUAAGCAUGAGGAAUGGGAUUGCCCUUAUCAAUUCUCUGGCAUCAGUUGUUAAACAUCGGCCCUUUGGUAGAGCUGGAUUAAUGGGUCUUGCAGAAUGUCUUGCAUCUGCUGCUCGUGGAUUAGAGAAAUAUAAAUGCGGAGCAUCUGAUCUGCUUGAAGAGGUGGUCAAAGCUUCCCCAGAAAACUUUUCUUCAAUUGAUAAAUCAGAGUUAUUGGAAGUUUUGAGGUUUUUUGUGGAGACCAGCAAACAACACUUCAACCCCAAGUAUCGUCUUCGAGUGUCCAUGAAAAUUCUCGAGGCUGCUGCAUCCUUGGUCUGCAUCUCAGAAGUGCCACUUGAGGCUGUAUUGCGGUUCCUUUCUGCAUUCCCGAGGGAGUUUGCAGAUCAUGGGGGGGCCUUCAGAGUAAGAACACAAGAGUGGUUUCUGGGGUCUCCCACUAAACAUGAGAGUUCCAGUAACUACAGCACCAAGUUUCAGCUUCUGAAGAAUCUUCAGGAAUUCCCCUUAAAGUAUACAAGUAAACAAUCUUCUGCUGGUACUGUUUCUACCUACGAUGAUGAAGACAUAGAUGCAUGGGAGGCCGAAGCCAAAAGAUGGGCAAGAGUUCUUUUUAUUGUGAUCAAGGGGGAAAAUGAAUUGGCAUCUCUGCUGACGUAUAUUCAUGAUCUUGGCCUCAGCAUCUGCAAGCAACAAAGUUCACUAGAGUGGUUGCUCAUCAAAUUUCUCAUCCUUAGCAUGAGUGUGGUUUCAGAGAUUCAAUUGGCGGAGCAAAGAGCUGCUGAAUAUUGCAUUGGUGGGGAAAUGGAGAGAGAAGCAAGUUUGCUUGGUUUUGGAAUGACUUCUGUAGAAUCUUUGGCAGUGGCCAGAAAUUUCUGUGCUCACUUUGUGCUCAUCUUGGUAGUGGAAGAGCUGAUUGAUUUUGCCAAUAUGUCAUGUCCCAUAUUUUGGUAUAGCAUUGGAGAGGAUAUAACUUUGCCUGGACCUGUUAGGGGAAAGCUUGGCGGUCCUAGUCAACGACGUUUGUCAUCGUCUACGACCACUGCAGUGCUACAAGCUAUAACAUCAGUGCAAGUGGUUGCUUCAAUUUCCUCAUGGUGUAUUACCUAUAGAAGUGCUCUUGAGCUGAAUUCUUCUUGGACUUCUUUGUGGGACUUCUUCUUCAAAACUAUAUCAAUUCCAACCUACAACUCUGAGACAGGAGCUGAAGUUGGUGUAGCAGCUUAUGAGGCAUUGUCUUAUGCUUUGAAAGCACUGGCAUCAUCAUUCUCAAAACUUUCUUUGGAUCUCAUCAAACAACACAACAUAUCAUCACACUUAACUGAAGAUGAACCAUGGUUAGAUGUGGUGGUUAUCCCUUUUCUUCACAGUGUCAAUAAUCUUCUUGCUGUUGGAGCACUAGCACGAAGUCGAAGGGCAGUGUUGCUGAAAUGGAAGUGGCUCUGUCUGGAAUCUCUGCUUUCUAUUCCUUGUUAUGCUCGUGGGAAUGGGUUGCCAUUGGAGGAUGCCAGCUUCUUCUCCGAUAGAGCAAUCAAAGCCAUUAUUGAUGACCUCAUUGAAAGCCUUGAAAAUGCUGGAGAAGUUGCUCUUUUGCCCAUGCUGAGGUGUGUCAGGCUGGCCCUUGGACUGUUUGCUCCAGGGAAGUUGGGUUCACUUACUGGUGUGGAUGCUCAGAUGAUGUGGCCUUUGGUCCGUUCCUCCUGGGUAUUGCUUGUCAAUAGCAACAAGCGGAGGGUUGCAUCUAUUGCAGCAGUUCUGUCUUCUGUCUUGCAUGCUUCUGUGUUUGCUGAUCAGGUGAUGCACGUAGCUGGUGAUACCCCGGGACCUUUGAAGUGGUUUAUCGGCAAUUUACUCGAGGAGGGUACGAAAAGUCCACGUACGAUUCGCCUUGCAUCAUUACAUCUAACAGGGCUCUUACUCUCUCACCCUCGGAUAGCCAUGUACUACAUCAAAGAACUGAAGUUGCUGACACUAUAUGGUUCUGUUGCCUUUGAUGAGGACUUUGAAGCUGAGUUGGUUGAAAAUUAUGACGCGAGGACUGAAGUUGCACUCUUGGCUAACAGCCCUGACCCCGAGAUAACUGAAGCAUUUAUCAACACAGAGUUAUACGGUCGUGUAUCUGUAGCUGCUCUCUUUCACAAGCUUGGUGAGUUGGCUGACUUGGUCGGAACAACACAUGAAAAUGAAGAUUGCCAUUCUGCUCUUGAAUCUGGGAAAUUGUUUCUCUUUGAGCUUCUUGAUUCCGCGGUCAACGACAGGGACCUUGCAAAAGAACUGUAUAAAAAAUACAGUGCGAUCCAUCGGCGUAAAAUACGUGUUUGGCAAAUGAUAUGUGUUCUGUCACGGUUUGUCACUGAAGAUAUAGUUGGGGAAGUUACGAAGAGUAUGCAUGUUGCUCUCUGUCGCAACAACUUGCCAGCUGUUCGCCAAUACUUGGAAACUUUUGCAAUUAAUAUCUUCUUGAACUUUCCAGCUUUGGUGGGGAAGCAACUAGUUCCUGUUUUACGGAACUUUGAGAUGAGGCCUCAGGCACUCUCUUCCUAUGUCUUCAUAUCAGCAAAUGUCAUUCUCCAUUCAUCUGAACCUCUUCGAUCUAGGCAUUUGGAUGACUUGCUUCCUCCAAUAAUUCCAUUGUUGACUUCACAUCACCACAGCUUGAGGGGUUUCACUCAGUUGCUUGUCUACCAGGUUCUCUGCAAGUUUUUUUCUCAUUUAGGCAGUCAGUCCGGUGAAAAUGAUUUAUCAAAAAGGUGCUUUGAAGACAUAAAGUUGUAUCUCGCCAGAAAUCCUGAUUGUAAGCGCUUACGAGAAUCAAUGGAAGGAUAUCUGGAGGCCUAUAAUCCCAUCUCCUCCUCUACACCUGCUGGAAUUUUUGUCAACAGGGUAGAGGAACUGGAAUUUGAAUGUGUUCCGACGUCCCUCAUGGAGGAAGUGCUCAGCUUUCUAAAUGACGCUAGAGAGGAUCUCAGGAGUGCAAUGGCGAAGGAUCUUGUGUCUAUUAAGAAUGAGAGCAUGAAAAUUGAUGAAGUUCAUGAUUCUCAGGGGGUUUCAAAUUCUGGUCUGCCUCAUGAAAUGUUGGAUUUCCAGAAAAAGAUUACCUUGACUAAGAAUGAAACAGAGGACAUGGACCAUGCUACACAUUCAAGUAAUAAUAAUGCACAUAAGCAACUUUUAGCAAUGGAGAAGGAAGCUGAGCUUCUUCAGAAUGCAUUCCAAUCGAGAAGAUUGGCUAUCGAGAAAACAAAAGAGAGAUACCAAGAAAUUAUACUUGUGGCUUCCUUACUUGAUCGGAUACCAAAUCUUGCUGGAUUAGCAAGGACAUGUGAGAUAUUCAAAGCAUCUGGACUAGUCAUUGCAGAUGCAUGCGUCUUACGUGACAAGCAAUUUCAACUGAUAAGUGUGACAGCUGAGAAAUGGGUUCCUAUAAUGGAAGUCCCAAUACACAGCGUGAAACAAUUCCUUGAAAAAAAGAAGCGAGAAGGCUUCUCUGUGCUGGGAUUAGAGCAAACUGCGAAUAGUGUGCCUCUUGAUCAAUAUACGUUCCCUAAAAAGACAGUCCUUGUCCUUGGACGUGAAAAGGAAGGUAUACCCGUGGAUAUUAUUCAUGUACUAGAUGCUUGUAUAGAGAUCCCGCAGUUGGGAGUGGUUAGAUCACUCAACGUUCAUGUCAGUGGUGCUAUUGCUCUGUGGGAGUAUACUCGACAACAAAGAUCUUGAUAGUUGUCAACCCUCCGCUGCAACUCGUGCCAUGUUUACUACCUGCAUAAAAGAACAGGAAAAGCAGAGAUAUGUCUUAGAUCUAAUUUCACAGAACAGAAUGCCCUCACUGAAAUCAGUUAGUUACCUGUGGGAUUCAUUAUUUAGCAUGAUGUUUGUAAAACCUUUUGCUCUUCAUUAUCAAGGAAAUGUUCUACACUAGCGUGUCUUCUUAUUCAUUUUGGUCAUGUUUUGGAUCUCUGUUAUGCUCAUUUACUUGUUUCGGUUUUCACAAUUCCAAUUCGAAAUCACCUGCAUGUGGGGGAAGGAGAGAUGAUUUUUAUCUACUCCAAAGCAGUUAGAAAAUGAGAAAGGGAUGAAUUUUGAGCUACAUCUGCAUGAGCCCUAAGUGGUUAGAAAACAACGAUGACAUGCAUGUUCCAUACUCACAGGUAAAGUGGGUUGGUUGCUAGUUUGCAAGUUGGCAUCUCCUCAGUAGCUAAAAAUACAGUAUGUGCUAUUAUCUCUACAUUGAUAUUGUAGUGCCAAUAACAGAUCGAAAGCUUGUGUCGUCGCAAAUGAACUGUUCCUUCUCCAUGGCUUCCAUUCCUGUAGUUGUUUCCUUCAUGUCUCUGAUGUUCAGCCUAUGCAUAGUGGAUGCUAGAGUUUUCAUGAUACUAAUGGAAGAUGAGCCUGUUUUCUCUGUCAAAUCCAAUACUACUAAUCUCAGGGUUGAGGAGGCGACCAGAGCAUACAAAGAGCGGCUGAUGAUUAGCCAUGACAUAUUCUUGGAGUCUAUCCUGAAGCACAAUUACACAAAGCUCUAUAGCUAUACUCAUUUGCUGAAUGGAUUUGCGGUUCAUGUUGAGUCAGAUGAGGCCCUCAGUGCGCUUAAGAGAGCAACAGGAGUCAGAGCUGUCCACGAAGACGUCAAAAUGCAGAAGCUAACAACACACACACCUUCCUUUCUGGGGAUACCUACUGGUGUUUGGCCAGCUUUAGGUGGUGCAGAUAGUUCUGGUGAUGGGGUUGUCAUCGGCUUGAUUGAUACUGGUAUAAAUCCUUUGCAUCCGAGUUUUAGGACAGGCUUGCCCUCAAGGUUUAACAAGACCACAAAAUUCAAAGGGAAAUGCGCCACUGGACUGCAGUUUCCUUCCACAUCAUGCAAUGGGAAAAUAAUAGGGGCACAAUAUUUCGCUCGAGCUGCAAUUGCUGCUGGUGAUUUCAAUGCUACCCGUGAUUUUGUAUCUCCCUUCGAUGCUGAUGGCCACGGAAGCCACACAGCUUCAACAGCUGCUGGCAACCAUCAGAUACCUGUGAUGGCCAAUGACUUCAACUAUGGAUAUGCAAGUGGUAUGGCUCCCGGUGCUAGGAUUGCUGUAUACAAAGCUCUGUAUACAUUUGGCGGUUACAUGUCAGAUGUUGUCGCUGCAGUUGAUCAGGCAGUGGAAGAUGGAGUUGACAUAUUAAGCCUUUCCAUAGGGCCGUCAAGUGUCCCUCCCGGUCCUUCUGCUUUCCUCAAUGUCUUAGAAAUGGAACUUUUGUUUGCUACAAGAGCCGGCAUCUUUGUGGUUCAAGCAGCAGGCAAUGGUGGUCCUUCUUCUAGUUCAAUCCUUUCUUUCAGCCCAUGGAUCACCACCGUUGCUGCAUCCAUCACCGAUCGUAGAUACAACAACAGCAUUAUUUUAGGAAACGGACUGAGCUUUUCCGGCACUGGCCUUGCUCCGCCAACAGCAGGAACAUUGUCCGUCCCAAUAGCAGCUGCAGCUGACGUGUCUCAGAGGAACACCACCAGUGUCCUGGAGGUUGAAAGCUGCCAACAUCCAGAACACUUCAUCCCGUCGCUGGCUCAUCAGAAGCUCAUCAUCUGUACGUAUAACUUCGAUUUCGAGAACGAGGCUGCAAGCAUUGCUACUGUGGCAGACACGAUACAGAAGGUAGGGGCUUCUGGUUUCAUAAUCACAAUGGACCCUGCCAUGGGGUCAGAGCAAGUGAAAGGUACCACAAUGACCUUGAAGAUUCCUGCCAUUAUCCUCAACAACAUGCAAGCUUCAACGGCUUUGUGGGAGUAUUAUAACUCGAAUACAAAAAGAGGGGCCAAUGGCGAAGCGACAGUGUUUACUGCAUCGGCAAGGAUAAUGGGCGGAAGACAAGCAUUCUACACCGCGCAGGCGCCUGUUGUGGCGUCCUAUUCAUCUAGAGGCCCUGAUGUUAACAAUGCGCUAUUGCAGACGGCUGAUGUCCUCAAGCCAAACAUUAUGGCUCCAGGAUCUUCGAUUUGGGCUGCAUGGAGCCCCAACAGUGAAGGUGACCCUUACAUAAAAGGGCAAAACUUCGCGCUAGUAUCAGGCACAAGCAUGGCCACACCACACAUUGCUGGAGUUGCAGCUCUCAUCAAGCACAAACACCCCAAGUGGAGCCCUGCAGCCAUCACAUCUGCCAUGAUGACGACUGCCGACAGAAGCGACCUCUCCGGCUCCCCUAUCCUUGCACAAUCAGCCAACCAGCUAGGUCCGGCCACUCCCUUCGAUCACGGAUCUGGGUCAGUGAACCCAGCACGGGCCAUCGACCCCGGGCUUGUCUUCAAUGCCGAUUUUGAUCACUAUGUCCAGUUCCUCUGCUCUGUUCCAGGGGUAGACGAUGACUCAGUGAGGCGAGCAGUGGGUACUGGUUGUCCACCGAGGCGGCAGUCAUGGUGCUCGGACUUGAACACACCUAGCGUGACGAUCUCCAACCUAGUUGGGACGAGGAAGGUGAUCAGGACAGUGACCAACGUGAGUGGGAUGGACGAGUUCUACAGGGUGACCGUGAGGAAGCCAGCAGGGAUCAACAUCACUGUUAGGCCGCGGUUCUUCAUCGUUAGGGGCCACAACUCGAGGCGGCUCAGGAUCGUGUUGUUCGCCACUAAUGUGACGAGGUCUUACUCGUUUGGGGAGAUGGUGUUGCAUGGGAGCAGGAGGCAUGUCGUUAGAAUUCCUAUUGCUGUUUAUGUUAGCACUUUGUUGCCGAGCUAGAGAGAGACAGAGGAGUCUCUAGUUACACUUUAGCUUUAACUUUGAGGUUGUCCUCUUUUUUGGGGUUCUUGAUGACUUUCGAGUUUUCUUUAUUGGCUAGUGAACUUUUGGUGGCAGAGUAUUGGCUCUCUUGUCAAGAAUUAUGCAGCACUGGAAAAUGUUUCGAUGAACUUUUUUUAAGGGGUAAGUGGCUAAAUGCAGAUUAGUGGCUGAGUUGAAGUUGGGAGGAGCUAUAAUCUCCUCAAUUUUGAAGUAUAGG